AUGAGCGAGAGCGCCACAUUUCCGCUGCCAUCCGUCUCCUCCCAGACAACUGAUAUCAAUACCAACACCUCCACAGCACCGAGCGACCCAGCACCCCCUGCCUCGGUACCCGCCAUGCAGCCUACGAUUCGAGCUGUCACACCUGAACCCCUCGACCACAGCACAAUCGUCACACAAGACCUGUUGGAUGCGGCCAACGCCUAUUCCGGCAUCUCUUCGUCCACAGUACCUCCCCUACCACCACGCGUAUUUGGAUCCAUGUCGCCACAGGGCUCACCAAGAGCUCUGUCCCACCAUGGCAGCACAACCAGUCGUCGACAGGGUGUUGUUUUCAGCGACACCAUGGCUAGCCCCUUUGACAGCACCAUUUCUGAGUCCAGUCCCCCGUCCCGGCCCGCCGUAUUGCGUCCUCGGACGCACACCAUGGAUGGUGUUUCUUUAUUUCGCGAACCCCUUGUCUCCAGCGCCUCUCCCGAGAGCAGGAAUAGGGUUGGCUCAUUCUCUUCGUCAGGCACGGUCGAUAGCACCUUUCGCUCGACGUCCUCGCUGCAAGGACCCCCGCUUGAGUCGCUGCUCAGCUAUCCCCACAUCGCCGCCACCAGAUCCUCUGAGACCCAGGCCACACCGACGUCAGCUCCCUUUGGCCGCAUCACGGCGUCCUCGUCCGCCGGCAGCGUCUCAUCUAUCGGCGGGACAGGUUUCGUGUCCUCUGCCCCCUCGGUCACUUCGUCAAGGGACAAAAAGUCCUCUAGUAGGCGGCUCAUAAAGAGAUCCACGUCUCGUCCAACCUCGCCCCUCAUUUCACCACCACCAUCCGUCGAUUCAUUGCCACUACCAAUCCCGACCGACAAUGCCAACAAAGUUCUCAUGCUCAUGAAAAAUCUUUGUGGAAGGAUGCGCGGUGAAAUUGAAUACCGGAACCUGGGAGAGGAGUCGUGGCACCAGGGCAUGUCGUAUAUUGAAGAAGAGAAGGGCAGCCUCAUGUUCGACGCCGGUGACCAUGGUCCGUUCCAUAUGGCAUUGGUGGCCGACCUUCGCGGCUGCCGUGUUGUGCCCGCAGUCCGGCCCGAUAAAGACGGCAGGUGCUUGGAGCUUGCCAAUGCCCAAGCGACAACAGAGAUCAUCUUUCGGCCUCUUGUGGCCACCGAAUUUGAUUUGUGGCUCGCCGCACUUCUCUGCUGGCAGCAGCUACGUCUGAGCCCCGGCGUCGUGGCCGCCCCUCCAGCCACUUCCAAGCCGCCAAAUAGCCGUAGCACGAGCUCGUCCACCAUUGACUCUAGUAAACGCCGGGCGUCGGCGGCAAAGGUCAAAGAAGGAGCCAUCAUCAAGGUCGGCAAGGUCAUGCUGUGGGACAAGGGCGCCGCUACAUCACCACGCGCCAUUGUGAAGCGGCCUUCCACGCGUGACCUCAGAUCCAUACAGACAUCAUGGCGCCGUGUCUCCUGCAUUUUGCAAGGAAAUGGUGAAUUCAAGCUCAUGACGGAGAACGAUGUCACAAUUUUAUCAGUCAUUGAGCUUGCUCAGCUCAGUCGCUGCGCCAUCCAACAGUUGGACAAGUCAGUGCUCGACGACGACUAUUGCAUCGCCAUUUUCCCCAUCUACGCACCAACAUCAACGCACCUAUCCAUUUUCCGUCCUGUCUACAUCGCCCUCGAUUCACGAGUUGCCUUUGAGGUGUGGUUUGUCUUAUUGCGAGCCUUUGCUGUCCCUGACGUUUACGUAUUGGAUCCCUCAAAGGACAACCAAGUGUAUUCGAUAACGGACAUGCAGACCGAGCGAGAGGAAGCCGUCGAGGACGAUUCGGCACCACCAACCCCAGACGAGAAAUUCGUGGGGCUUGGAGAGAAGGGGUCAUCAGAGACGCCUGUUCGUACACGGCAGCGGCAGCUGUUCCGCCUCGAGAAGACCUUGAACUUGCGGGUUACGGAGGCUAAAAUCAAACCCCGCAUACUACCCGACGGCAGCCCGGUUCCUGUGCUACCUCAGGAGCGCACCCAUGAACGGCAUCAUGGCAAGUUAGCAAAGAACAAUGAUCCCGAGCAGCUGAUUGGGAACUACUUGGCUGAGGUGAUUCUUGAUGGCGAGGUACGAGCCCGAACAACCAUCAAAUCAGACACAAAGAACCCGUUCUGGCGAGAAGACUGCGAGUUCGGCGACCUACCCUCUACGCUUCCUUAUCUGUCUGUCGUUCUCAAGCGGGUGGAUGGAAGUCUCGACAGCUUCACCCAUCAGCUCCAAGCGUCAUUGGGCCUGCCCCAGACUGGAAAUCUAUUCGAAUACAACUACGGUGCCGUCGACAUAUCGUUGGCCGACAUGGACAAAGGCAAAGACCAUGAGCAUUGGCUUCCAGUCAUUGACGACAGGCAGCAGACCGUUGGCACGAUGCUGAUCAAAGUCCACCACGAAGAGCUAGCCGUGCUAUCCGUCAAAGAAUACAAGCCUGUCUUAGACAUGUUACAAAAGUUCAGCUCUGGUCUUACCCUGCAGAUUGCGGAAGUUAUGCCGGGUAGCCUGCGCCGGCUCUCUGAGGUGUUCUUGAACAUCUUCCAAGUUUCCGGUACAGCAGCGGACUGGCUCAUGGCUUUAGUCGAGGACGAAAUCGACGGCAUCGGGAACCAGACGACCAUGAAGAAGAUGCGUUUCAGUCGACGUCUCCGGUCCAACGAGUCUAUGGAGUCCUCGAGUGACCGAGAACAGAUGGUUCGUGACAUGGGCCGCUCACUUCAAGGAGAAGCCAAUCUGCUCUUCCGUGGCAACUCUCUGCUGACACAGGCACUGGAGUUCCACAUGCGCCGCCUUGGCAAGGAGUAUCUCGAAGAGAUAUUGUCCGAGAAGAUUUUUGAGAUUAACGAGGUCAAUCCUGACUGCGAAGUGGACCCCAGCAAGGUGUCCAAUCAUGAAGACAUUCACAAGCACUGGGAGCUACUGAUGGGAUUCACCUAUGAAAUAUGGGAGUGCAUCACUGUUUCGGCCGCGCGAUUCCCGUCGGAGUUGCGCCACAUCUUGAAAUACAUCCGAGCCGUUGCUGAGGACCGGUACGGUGAUUUUUUGCGUACUGUCGCGUACACGAGUGUGUCCGGCUUCCUCUUCCUCCGCUUUAUCUGCCCAGCGAUUCUGAACCCCAAGCUGUUUGGCCUGCUGCGCGACCACCCCCGCCCUCAGGCGCAGCGGACUCUCACCCUCAUUGCCAAAGGAUUGCAGGCACUUGCUAACCUGUCAACGAUUGGCAAGAAGGAGACCUGGAUGGAACCCAUGAACCGUUUCUUAGCCGGGCAGAGACAGUCGGUCAAGGACUUUAUCGAUGCUGUGUGCUCAAUUCCCGCGGAGAAAGUGAACGCCGCCCCGAUAUUGCCAGCCUCAUACUCGACACCCAUCGCCAUUAUGGGCCGGUUGUCUCCUGCAGCUCGCGAGGGCUUUCCUAGCCUCCCUUAUCUGAUCGACCAGCCCCAUUACAUCGCAGCUCUGGUGAAGAUGUGGAUGGACGCACACCCGCUCUCCGCGCCCACGCACGUCUACGACGGCGACCUCUUGGAAUUCAACGGUGUCUGUGUGGAGCUCCAGGCACUGUCAGACGAAUGUUUUACGCGCACGGUGGUGCUUCGUCAAUCAACGGAUACGGACAGCUCGCAUCCCAAGCCGGAAGAAACACUCGCUGAGUCAAUGGAACAGGCUAGCUUGGCGGACACCGUGAAUCUCUCCUAUGGUAACAGCUCAACUUGGAUGGAGAACGCCGAGGGCGUCAGCGUCAACAGCUAUAGCGGCCAUAUCGGCAGCCGCAGUGGCGGCUUGGCACCACCGGGAUCCUCGGGCAGCGAGGUGGACGACAACUGGGGACGUGACCACAAGGAGCGCCAAGUUAGCAGCAACAAUGGCAACAGCAAUGGUAAAGAACAAUACGACAUCGGCGGGUCAAUCAAGAUCCUGCGCAAUGGCAAACAAGCACGCAAGUUCCUCAGUGGUAUCAUCAACCGCAAACCCCGGACAGCCAGCCCCGAGCAUAUCGGCGUGCCUGGCUUGGACACCCGAGACAGUGAGUUCAACAAGGACGGCGAGCAAGUCCGGGAGCGCGAAGUGAAAGACCGCGAGAAAGGGCGGGAACGUGGCCGUGAGCAGGACCGUGAACUCCACGAACACGAACACCAUAAAAUCUUCCAUCACCACCACAAAGACAAAGAGAGGGAGGGAGAGAAAGAAAAAGACAAAGACAAGGAUAAGGCUAAGGAAAAGGACAAGGAUACGGAUAAGCUCACCAAGCGAGACAAGCCGACCAAGUCAGAAAAGUCGUCCAAGAGCCGGCACCUUGAUCUGGGCGAGUCAUGGUCACCCUCUGCCUUUGGCGCGCCAGACCUUCCUUCACGGCAGAGCAAGUAG